UGCGGAUGUGCUUUGUUUUUAUUUUACAGCCAGCUGUCAGGUGUAGCUUUAGGCUGCAUAUGUAGUUUCAAAUCUGUUCUUUAAACGGACAGAGGUCUAAAAACAACCACUGUGGAACCUGGGUUUUUCGUCUUGAUCUUCAUCAUGGCGGAGUCCACAGCAUCUGGCGUGUUCUGUGGCAGGAUGCUGAGCAUGGUCAACUCUGAGGAUGUUAACGCCAUCAUCCAAGCUCAGAGACACAUGCUUGACCGCUUUGAGAAAACUAACGAAAUGCUGAUCAACUUCAAUGGGCUAUCUAACGUGCGACUGCAGCAGAUGAAUGAGCACUUUCUGCUUCACACCCGCACCCUUGUGGAGAUGAAGAAAGAUCUGGACAGCAUCUUUAGAAGGAUCAGAACACUAAAAGGGAAGAUUGCUAAGCAGUACCCAGAUGCUUUCAGCAAUAUUCAUGAGUCACCGAUCCUCGAGGAGGACGACGAUGAGUUUGACCCAGUUCCCCCCAGUGUUGCUACAACAAUCGCAACAGCCACCUCUGAGCAGAGCACAGAAUCAUGUGACACAAGUCCAGAUGUGAUCUCACCCACUGUGAGCAGAUGCUCUGAAGAUCUCUCCCAAGAGCCGCCUGACACGCCCACCUCUUACGUCCUAGAGACCGCCGUACUACAGGACGAAGGUCCUGACUCUGUACCUGCAGAAUAGAGCGGACACUUUGUGAAGCAAUUUAAGUCACUUGAAACUGAGCUUCAUCCUUACAACUAUUCUAGGAGGAAUUAGCAGGAGGUCAUGUUGUAUAUUUGAGUUUUUGUUCCAUACAGGGUCCAGGGCAGGUGCCUCUACAAUAUUUGCUGACUUUUCCAGUCAUUAAUCUAUCUGUUGGAAAGAGCAUCACAACCUUGAUGUUAUAGAUGGCUAUGAACUGUCAAUGAGGACACUGGAUAUUUGUUGGCAUGCUUAUUUGUCAUACACCUGCACAGCACUAAAAUAAUGCAGAUAAUACUUGAAGUUGUAUAGUAUCUCACUAUAAAUAUAUCUGUCUUGUUGACAGUAAACCCGAGCAAACACCCUCAAUCGUGUGAUUAUAAGCAUAUUUCAUGUGUAUUGAGGUUUGAAGAGAUGCACACCUGACUGAGGGUCUCAUGAUGUGUUAGGAUUUGCGAGUAGUUAAUACUGUUGUUGUUGUUGUUGUGGUACAAUUAACAAUAUCACAUAUUGCAGCUUUGUUAUUUUGUGUACUCCUGUUAAAACCAGGAAUAUGAAUGAUUUUAGCAGCAUUUAAUGUGAUACCAAUUCGCCCUAAGAGCUGGAAACCAGGUUGUGUGACUGAAUGUUUUGACCACUCCUCCGCAUUGCUACCCAUUAAAGAUACAGUUUUGAAAGGGGGGAAUCCAGCCUAAAA